AAUAAUAGCAGUUAUUAGCAUUAUUAAUCCAUCAGCGAAGAGGAAGAUUCUGAUCUUGAUCCAAGUGUGGUUUUGGGGAGUCCCCCUCCCCCCUUUCCUACCCCUCCCUAGGAAAAAAAAAAAAAAAAAAAGUCCGACUUGGGACUUUGCUGCCGCAGCUCCUCGCUUCUCCGCUCAAGGCUGGUUCCAGGCAAAAGUAGUUUGAAUGUACAACAUGAUGGAAACCGAGCUGAAACCUCCCGCCCCCCAGCAAACUUCGGGGGGAGGCACAGGCAACUCCAACGCGGCCGCCAACAACCAGAAGAACAGCCCGGACCGGGUCAAGCGGCCCAUGAACGCGUUCAUGGUGUGGUCCCGCGGGCAGCGGCGGAAAAUGGCCCAGGAGAACCCCAAGAUGCACAACUCCGAGAUCAGCAAGCGGCUCGGGGCCGAGUGGAAACUUUUAUCCGAGGCGGAAAAGAGACCCUUCAUUGACGAAGCCAAGCGGCUCAGAGCUCUGCACAUGAAGGAGCACCCGGAUUAUAAAUACCGACCCCGGAGGAAAACCAAGACCCUCAUGAAGAAGGAUAAGUACACGUUGCCAGGGGGCUUACUGGCGCCGGGCAGCAAUACCAUGACGACUGGGGUAGGGGUUGGGGCCACCUUGGGAGCGGGGGUGAACCAGCGGAUGGACAGUUACGCGCACAUGAACGGCUGGACCAACGGAGGCUAUGGGAUGAUGCAAGAGCAGCUCGGCUACCCGCAGCACCCGGGCUUGAACGCGCACAACGCGGCGCAGAUGCAGCCCAUGCACCGCUACGACGUGAGCGCCCUGCAGUACAACUCCAUGACCAGCUCGCAGACCUACAUGAACGGCUCGCCCACCUACAGCAUGUCCUACUCGCAGCAAGGCACCCCGGGCAUGGCCCUGGGCUCCAUGGGCUCGGUGGUCAAGACGGAAUCCAGCUCCAGUCCCCCCGUAGUCACUUCCUCGUCUCACUCGAGGGCUCCUUGCCAAGCGGGGGACCUCCGGGACAUGAUCAGCAUGUAUCUACCAGGUGCUGAAGUACCAGAACCAGCUGCCCCAAGCAGACUUCAUAUGUCCCAACACUACCAGAGUGCACCUGUUCCUGGCACAGCCAUUAAUGGCACACUCCCUCUAUCGCAUAUGUAA